AUUGACAAGGAUUUUUAUCGACAAUAAGCUGACUCUACCGAGGACAAUAUCAUUUUAACAAAUACCGUGUUAGACAACAUUGAUAAAUACCAACGAAUUCAAAUCAAUAUAUUAUUUUUUACACGACUUUCAACUAAACUAUUUCUUUCUACUAAAUUGAAAACGAUAACUUAAUAGAGAAACAAUGAUUGGAUACACAACAGCGUUGUAUAUUUUGGCCGCCGCAACUUUUGUUACUGCUGGCCAUGACGAACUCGUGCAAUGCACCCCGGGCGUAUAUCAGAUCAUCGGAAAGGCCGACUGUACGGGCUUCUUCAUGUGCGUGUUUGGAAAAAAAGUCGAGAUGCCGCCUUGUCCUCAUAGAUCGGUGUUUAGCUCCAAGGCUAACGUUUGUGUUCCCAAAGGUUCGAUGUAUGAUGACUGCAAUAAAACAACAGAAGGCAGCGGAGGCCACAUGCCAGUGCUGCCCGACCUAGGAUCUCUUAAUCCAGAGGAACGAUGCAAAAUGUUUGGAGGCAUGUUUCCCCAUCCCACGGAAUGUCAAGUCUUCUACAACUGCAGUGUUAAUUACACACGGAUUCCCUGGUUCUUUGAGCAACACCUUGUUGAAUGUCCCUACCCCCAACUUUUCAACACCGACACCAAACAGUGUGACCAUUUUGAGAAUGUUAAAUGUGGAAGCCGGGCGGAGAUUAAGGAUGGAUGCCAAUACAGAUCACGCCGGUGUCUCAAUGCCCGCUGUAGACCCUGCAGUGUCGACUUUCCAAGCUGUGUAGGCAAACGUGACGGAAUUAACGUUCACCCAGUCAAACUUUGGAGUCCAUUCUACGCGGUAUGUUACAAGGAACGCACGAUCAAAGAGGAGCGAUGCCAAGCUGACGAAAAUGGCCGAACGCAAUUUUUCCAUCCGGAAAGGAACGAAUGUGUUUCAUUGGAUAUGAUUCCUCGAGAACACGGAGGAAUGAUGCCCGAGUGCGGUACGAAAGUAAACGGUUUAUAUCAGGAUGACUUUGGGCGAUGUGACCAAUACUUUAGUUGCCAGGGAGGAAAAUACAUUGGCACGGUGAAAUGUGCGGUUGGAGAGGUGUUCGAUGGCACAAAGGGUGGCUGCGUUCCACAAGAGAAAGCAUGCAGACCCUGCGGAAGACUUGACCAUUGCUGAGAAAACUACUUACACACUUUCCAACGAAAAGCUGAUGGAAAUGGGCAAGGAGACGCAUCGCCAAGAUGGAUAAGACAUGUUAAAGACAUCAAAGUGUUGCUCUGAGUUGAUCUCGCUUUUUUUGCUCUACGGCCAAACCAUUUCAAAACCAAAUGACUACAUAUUUGUAUAUUUUCGAAUGGUUUUGUAUGUUUUUAAUGUUAUCAAACUCAUUUUGUCUACUGAUGAAGGUUUUAUACUUAAGUGUAUAUUCCAUUUAUACAUGUAUGCCCCCAACCAGUUCAUUGAAUUUGCUUGUUUGCCGUUAGUUCUGUGAUAAGUAUAACGCAAACAAGUUUAAACUUUUCUUUAAAUAUCAAUGUUCAUGCAGCCAUGUCAGUGUUGCAAACUCUUAGUAAUAUAUAUAUAUAUAUAUUUAUCUUAUUUAUUUACCAAAUUGUUUUUAAACUAAUAUCAUAAGUUAUCCAAUUUGCAUUACAAAGCUUAUUGAUGUUAUAUCAUUUAAAUAGAAGAAAACACGCAUCUGACGAAGUUGUUGAUCAUUGGUGUGAUGCAUAAUGUUACUCUCGUGUAUAAAUCAUGAAAUAUGUUCAUUUAUAUGUAAAUAGAAUUUCAUUAUUAUAUUUAUGGAUUUUGCCAAUUGCAGUGCCUUUGAAAUCCACACAUUUUUUUCAAUAAAAUGAGAAAAAA